CGAUUAACCGAUAAUAAGGUUUGCGAACGCUCGAGUGAUUGGAAGAGGAAAAAAAUGCGUUGGAGGAACUGUGGGUUUAAAGGCGUUGUAUAUAGACACAAAGCACUAACUUUCUUCUCUUCAUUCCACGGAAUUCACUACCAAGAUUGAACCAUGAAGUCUUGUUGGGCUGUACUUCUUCUCCUGGUCAUUUUGCAGAAUUUGGCCUUGAGUGCACUUGGCGGUCAUCACCACCAUGGAAACUCGAAUCUUGCCCACAUCCUAGCUGCAGGUCUCAUCGUCCAAUUACUGGCAAGUGCUGGCAAGCAUAAACAUCAUCACCACCAUGGCCAUCAUCACGAGCACGAAGCUAGACAUAAUGAAAUUGGUUAUGGUCACGAAGAGGCUCUUCCCUAUCACGGCCAAGAAUGGAAUAAUCCAUCUGAUGGCGGUUUGCAGACACAACCCUCUUUCGCUACUGGUUCUUGGGCAAGAACUCCAUUGGACCUUGCUUAUGCUCGCUCGCGUUUUGAAGAACCUUUGCUUGAAUCUUACAAUGUCCCAUACUUUUAUCCACCCCCUUCAGGAAUGUGGAGGCUGCAUUAAUCAUCGACAUGCUCUUUAAACUCCUGAUUUUAUUUGCCGUAAUAAAUGGCAACAUAGUACAAUUUCAGGCAUGAAUCGAAUAUGCAACGUUUGAGGUAAUCUUGAAACUGUCCAGAAGCUUUUGCUGAUAAAAACAUCUUUUACUCUUUUCCCGUUCAUCUUUCCUUACUUUUCACAUAACUGUGCUUCUUCUGUUUUGAUAAUAAUUUGUGCAUAAAUGUUUGUUUUCUGGCAAUAGUGCUAAGAAACUGUGUUUAGCACUUUCUAAAUUUUGCUUUAGAUUUGCAUAUGAUUUUUAUUAUUUUGUGAUACUAAGUUCUUCUCCUUUUAAUUAUAGUUGUUUAUCUAAUUUUUAAUAUGUGUUUACUUCUUAUUUAGAAUUUACUUUUGACACUUAAAGAAUUGGAAACUCUCUUUAAGUUUCUAGUUUUUAUAUCUUUGUAAUAUUUUUUCUCUUGUUUUUGCAUUCAGUAAUAUCCCUUGUUUUAUUACUUUAUUGAAUUUUUAUGCAUUCCGUGAAUUUUUUUUUUUUUUAAUUCACUGAAAGUUAACCGAAUUAGUCAUCUCGGUAUCUUAAACGAUCUUGAGCCAUAGAAUACAUCAUGUAAUAUUUACUCAAACAUUAAAGUAUAGUUGUUCCCGCAUUGAUAUGUAAUGAAAGCACAUAAAAUCUGCUCUUGACGCAUUGCGCAUGCCCAGAGAUCAGUGGCGUACUCGUACUCUUAAAAAAAUAACAGUUUGCAAAGUUGUAAUGAGUUAAGUGACAGUAUUUCUGGGUUUUAUAUGCAAUGAAUCAAGAGUUUUCAUUUAUCCAAAUAAAUAUACAUUUAACAUCAACAAUACUUUACUGUUUGCAUAAAUAAAUUUAUUCAAUUUAAUACCACUUUGAGAGUGGAUCGAAUAUUUGUAAAAUAAAUCUUUGUAUGUAAAAAGCCAAAUUAUAGAUUUUAUAUAUAUUUU